AUGUCUGCAGGCUCAGACGGCGGCGGCCAUGCCUCAUCCGCACGGGCAAGUCGCCGAAAGGCGUGCGACUUGUGCUUCAAGAAAAAGAUCAAGUGCGACAUGGUCCAGCCCGUCUGCUCCAACUGCAUCCUCUACAAGACGGAUUGUCGCACAAGCAUCAUCCGCCGCAAGGGCCCUGGCCUUGGACCCAAGGCCAACAACAAGGCGCCUCAUCAACCCCUCGCGGCUCAUCAGCCGGACAAGGCACCACCUUCUGAAACCAGGAGCUCUGCGCCAGCCGACUCAUCAACAGAGGACCGGCUGUCGCGCAUCGAGAAGCAACUUCAGCAGAUCAUCGAAAUCACCAAGCUGUCCCGGACAGACACGCGGCUCACCCCGCUCAACCCCGACGACGAUGUCAGCGGCUCCGCAAGCAACACGAGCCCCGAAGACGUGGACAGCAGCACCAUCGACAGGACGAAUGGAGCCGAGACGACGAGCUCCGUGCAGUGCUACUCCUGUCCCAGCGACGAGUUCCCGCUGCCUCCGCUCGAGGAGGCCAUCCCCCUUGUGAACCACUACUUUUCCAUCUUCAACCUCGUCGUUCCCCUCUUUGAGCAGAGGGCGUUCAUGCAGCUGCUGAGCGACUUUUAUCAGGGGGGUCAGUCUCGGACCAAGGCUGCCUGGGCUGCCAUCCAGGUCGUCUUGAGCCUCGGCCUGCGGACGGCCACGCCCGAGGCCCUGCAGGACGGCGGCGGGCCGGAUCGCUUCCACCGCGCGAACCUUUACCUCAAAAACGCCCAGUCCGUGGUUUCGGAUCUGGUCACGCGCGACGAAGAUUUGCUGGGCAUCCAGGUCCUGUUGGGCAUUGUGAUUUUGUUCCAGAACAGCAGCGAUCCGAAGCCAGCGAGCGUCGUCAUUGGGACUGCCAUGAGACUGGCGCACCGGCUGCAGCUGCACUCGGAGGUGGCCACGAAACAUUUCACAGCCGAGGAGAACCUCCAAAGGUCCAGAAUAUUUUGGAUCGCCUACACGUUUGACAAGGACAUUUCGCUGCGCAUCAAGGCUCCGUCAAUACAGUCAGACGCAGACAUAGAUGUGUCGCUCCCGUCCCUUACAGUCUCUGAUGGCAUUGGCCUCAUAUGGUCGCAAGACGGCACCUCCCACUUCAAUUACCACCGUCUUCGCGUCGACCUCGCCCACAUCGAGGGCCAGAUCUACGACCUCCUUUGCUCCAACCGCGCCAGCAGAGCCCCUGCCGAGGAACGCAAGCGCAGAAUCUGCCGGCUCCAGAUCCAACUCAACCGGUGGUACGAGCGCGUGCCGCCCGCGUUCCAGAUUGAUCACGCGGCCACGAAGCUCGCGCCGACCGAGCUCACCAUCGUCACCAAGAUGCACCAUGCGUACCUCCUCGCGACGGUCAUGACGCAUGGCCUCUACAGCCACAACGCUGAAUGGCUCAAGAUGAUUAACUCUCGGAAUCAGGGCGCCAUCGAAGACCUUGCGCAAGCAAUGGACAGCUGCGCGACCAAGGCCCAAACGCCGCCGUUCCCUGGCGGCUGGAGUAGGUGUGUUGAAUUGAGUCGUGGGUGCAUGGAGCUCUUUGAGAAGUCUACCCCGACUGAAUGCCUGGUGUGGCAAUGCUGCUGCCCGCACUUCUCCGGCCUCAUCGUCCUGCUGGCCAACAUGCUCAUCAAACCGGCCCACGAGUAUAUCUCGCUCGACCAACACCUCACCACCAAGGCCAUUCAGCUAUUUGACAGGCUUUUGGAGUUCAACCCAUCAGAGUCGAUCCAGAAGAUACGCGCCAUUGUCGGCGGGCUCUACGACCGGGCGUUUGAAGAGGUCGGCCGCGUCAGCGCCGAGAAGGCAGAGGCAGAUGCAAAGGCCGGGUUCCCGUCGCCCGGCAUUGGCAUGUUCUACGAUGCUGCCAGCGAGGAGUUCUUUGUAGAGCAGCUCAAGAGUACGCAGCCGGACUUUGCGCCCGGAGGGUUCGAUCCGUACGCGUGGGAGCGGCAAGGCGCGGCGUCGAUGGAUUGGGGCUGGGGAUUGGAUGCCGUGGACGAGACGCCUCCAUGAGAAGAUUUUCAACUUUGACUGAGCUGAGCAGCAGCUGGCUGCCAAUUCUAAGCUACGUUUGGAUCUCAAUGGAAGCGGUUGAAGCGACUAGAUUGUCAUACGUCUGGUCUGGGGCGUUCAGGCUUUCUUCAAUUGAGGAUCAAGGCGGUUGCUGGCGGGCAACGGGAUACGAGCGACAUACCAUCUCCGAUCAGCUUAAUGUAUAUAUAGAUGUUC